GACGUCCUUUUUCCUUUCCUUCACCACUGGGAAGGCUUCAAUCUACGCUCCACAUGCCGUCUCAACGAGAUGGGAACUAUAUGAAUGUAGAUUCAGAUUCCGAUAUCUCUCUCUUGGGGGAUGGAGACGGAGACUACCACCUGCGCGGAAAGAACAAAGGGAAAGGCAAGGCUGUCGAUAAAAAGAAGAAAGACAAAGGCAAGAGUAAAGCGAAGGAUCAAGCGUACACUUGGGAAGCUUCGUACACGCGUUCGUGGGAUACAGUACAAGAAGAUGAAGCUGGAAGCUUGCAGGGCGCAGUAGAGGACUGGAUAGCAAGGGGUAGGCGUCGAAGAUUACUGGCACCUGCAGCCGCAAUUCGUCGCACGAUUAUUCGACACCUUAUUCUCCUACUAGACUUAUCGACGUCUAUGAUGGAUCGUGACAUGAGGCCAACGAGAUUUGAUCUUACUUUAGAGUAUGCCAGAGAGUUUAUCACUGAAUGGUUUGAUCAAAAUCCCUUGGGUCAAAUUGGCGUGGUAGGUAUGAGAGCUGGUAUUGGUGAGCGGAUAGGAGAGAUGUCAGGAAAUCCUCAAGAUGUCCUAAAAUCAAUUGCCGAUAGACAUAGACUAGAACCCACGGGCGAACCAAGCCUUCAAAAUGCCGUCGAUAUGGCGCGUAGUAGCAUGAGCCAUCUCCCUACACACUCAUCUCGAGAGAUACUCGUUAUAUUCGGCUCUUUGACUACUUGUGAUCCUGGCAACAUUCACGAUACGCUGGAUGCAUGCGUCAAAAACAAAAUUCGCAUCUCUGUUGUUGCGCUUGCCGCCGAGAUGAAGAUAUGCAGGGAACUGUGUGACAAAACAGGCGGUCAAUUUGGGGUCGCCUUGAACGAAGGUCACUUCAAAGACCUCUUGUUCGAGCUUGUCCCCCCACCGGCGCAGCGUGCUAUGACCCGUGCUGCAGGAUCAGGCGCAACAAACCCAGCGGCUGAUUUGAUGAUGAUGGGCUUUCCUACUCGAUUGCCAGAUACGUCUCCAGCCAGCUUGUGUGUCUGCCAUUCGGAAAUGAAGAGCGAAGGCUUCCUCUGCCCCCGUUGUAUGGCGAAAGUCUGCGAUGUUCCGACUGACUGCGACAUCUGCGGCCUGAUGAUUGUUAGCUCGCCUCAUCUGGCACGAAGCUACCACCAUUUAUUCCCUGUCAAGCCGUACGAUGCGAUUGGGUCACUUGCUGAUACACCCGAUGCUGGGCUGGCUUGUCACGCAUGUGCUCGUAUAUUCCCGACGACUGCACUCACUUCAACGUCGACCGAAGGUAUGAGCCCCCUAAAUCGCUACCGGUGCCCUGAGUGCCACAAUGAUUUCUGUGGAGACUGCGAUGUGUUUGUGCACGACGUCGUCCAUUGCUGCCCUGGCUGUGGCAAGUGAUGCUCAUUGGUAGUCUCGACUUAUAUACUUUAUACUAUCACACAUUUUACAUAGUGAAUGCAAUAAAAAUGACAAAAAAUGGAGUAAAGUCCGCGACCGAAUAAUGGAGCCAAGCACAUAAAUUUCUGUAUUGGGCCCACUUUUAAAUACCGCCUUCGGAUGCGAGCCCUCCAUCGCCCAAAUAACUUAGACCAGUCCGUCGUUGUACCCUAAUCAACACCAGCCAGUUUUCAAAAUGCUGUUGCUGCCCUUUACACUCCUUUUUUCUUCUUGGUCUAUCCUCGUCACCGCCGGCAGCGUCAGCAAAGGCGGCAAUUGUUCUGCAUCAGACAACCGUCUUGAAGUCGGCACCUAUCAGUUCUACACUGACUGCGAUGCAGAAACGUAUUGUUCUUCGGCUGGCAUCUGCGAGCUCAAAGGAUGCAGAAAAGACCAAUAUCCAUUUGGUUAUGCCCAAAAUUCUACUCUUCCUCCUAAAUGUCCAGCUGGCCAGUUCUGCCCCGACGAGGGCGAUGCUUGCCAACCUUGGCUCCCUGUUGGUAGCCCUUGCCAGUUCGACCGUGAUGAUCAAUGCGAACCACCUCCCAACUUUCAGGAGCUCAGUGAUACGUCCAAUUUCGGCCGCAACUUCAAUGGAUCUGUCUGCUUGAACAAUGCUUGCAUGUGGGCCAAUGUUACCGUUGGUCUCAACUGCACGGUGGAGAACACGGCAUAUAUCGCGUAUGCAGGCGCGAAUGAAUUCCUUGACAUCGUUUCUCGGUACGUCAUAUUUCUUUUUGUCCAAUAGCCUGUUGACAAGUUACGUAUGCAGUGGUAACUGUCAUGUUGGCCUUUACUGUGAUUCGCAGCAAUUGGUGUGCAUGCAGAGUAUGCAACUGGGUGAAACCUGCGAAGCCGACAAACAGUGAGCCCCUUUUUCGCGAGUACUUUCGCAGUCCAUUGACAUCCAAGCAGAUGCGCGUCAUUCAACUGUCUGAGCACGGGUGUAUGUGGAGAUAGUGCCGAUUCGCCACACCACUUUGGUGUCUGGCUGUAUGUCGUCGUUUGCAUUGCGAUAUUUGGAGGUAUGAUUGCCACGUUGACAAUUCUCUUCUUCCUCCAUCGCCGUCAACGUGAUUCCGAGCGUGAAAAACGUCUUCAAUACUGGCGUGAACAGAACGCAUUCCGACAGAACAUCAUGCAAAUGCGCGAGACUGCCCGCGCCUCGAUCUUGUCUCUUCCCAGUAAUAGUCACAGCAACCGCAAUUCAACGUACAGUCGUGCCAAUUCGGAGGAAUCGACCAUGCCUAUGCUGCAGCACUCCACGAACAAAGCAAGUGGUCUUCGUCAAUAUUUCUCUGACGAUGGCGAUUACGAUGAAGGUCUUUUGAUGCGGGAAGGUGGGGAGAAGAUGCACAGGCUCUAAGCAUGAAGGACUCUUUAUAUGACAUUCGCAGACGCUUUUUCCUAAAACCACGGACUAACGGGACUCGGUUUCAUGGCUUUCUAUCUUCCAAUCAUCUUCUUAUACUUAGAACUAGGCUGUGUCCUCGAGUGCAGAUAAUAUCACAAGUGUUACGUGUGUAAAGCUUGACAGUGCUUUCGGCUGAGCUACUAAUAAUAAUAAACCGGUUAAUCUGUACC